AUGGCGGCGCUUAAUCUCCAGAUAGACGAAACAGACCCUACUGUGAAAAAGGUAUAUGGCCGUUAUUCUGACUGGAAGGCUUUUGGUAUUCUCACACACUAUCUGGAGCCCGGCAGCGACCUCUCUGAUGAGCAAGCUGCCGAACUUUUAUACGAUAUUCUCCCUAGUGCAGAUAAUAAGAAGCUUUCCGGCCAGCCGGACAUGCUAGGCUGCGUGCUUCUCGAUGUUGCCAAGCAAAUUCCUUACCAUCACCCAUCGCAGAUUCGCCUUUUGAACCUUUCCAAGCACCUGGGGAGAACGGACAAAAUGACACUUCAAACUGCCCAUUCGGAUUACAAAUACUCUUUUUACAACACUAUGGGUUUCCUCAAAGUCACUCUACGCGAGUGGUUUCCAUGGUCUGACAAAGUCAACUUUUGCGCAUUCGUCGCACGUCUUUCAACUACCGAAAUACUUCAGUAUUUCGACGGUCUCAGUUAUGCAAUCUGGACUAUGCGAGACAGCCUGGAGGAUGAUGGCGACAAGGAAGAAUAUCAUAAUGAUGCUAUUAGCGCGUCAGCUAUGUGGAUCAUAUGUGCUGGCCAAUGGCUAUUCGACCAGCUUGUCCAGUUUCCAAGGAAUAUUGAUGGUGAUGACUAUUACGAGAGCGCAUGGAGUGGUGGUCCAUUAUAUAAAGGACCUAUUAUAGGACUUGAAAGGUGGAAGUUUUGGCAGAAAGCUUUUACUGCCGCUGCAGAAAGCUCAAUGGCGAACGAUGAGUGUAAAAAGAAUGCUCUAAAAGCUGCGAACUUGAUGGAUGUCAUUGCACGGGAUUGCAAGUGGUAG